AGUAGAUCAAAUUUUGAAAAUUAGUUUUUUACACUAAAUUCCAAUUUAAAAUGUAUAUAAUAAAAUGGGUUUUGACUUAGAGCGCAUUUGUUGUCUACCACCAUCUAGUUCGUCUAGUACAACCAAAAUUUUUUGCAACGAUAAUUACAACAAAUGCAGUCAAUGCUGUUGCUAUCCGUGCUGUAGACAAUCCCUAUUGAAUGAUCAUACCUAUUCACUACUAAAACGGAUUUGCCAUAAGAUAAUAAAAAGUUAUAACCGACAGCAGUGCCGUGAAAAGUAUAGCGUAUUUAAUGGAGGUAACAGCAUCAAUGGUCGAUGCUCUGACAGUCAAAAAUACGAUCCUUAUUCUAAAAACCAGUAUGGUGACGGUGAAGGGGGCUACGGCAGGGAUUCACAAUCAGGAAGAGGAAGAGGAAGAGGAAGCUUUGAUUUGAAGGCACAAGGUAGGAAUCCAUCUAAUAAGAAGGGCGGCAAGGGUGAUGAAUUCGGAUCUCAAAAUGCAUCCAAGAACGGAGAUCCAAAAGGGGAAGGAAAAGUGAACUUGGCUGCAAUGUCAAGGGGGGAUAAAGAUUCAAAAGGUAAAAGAGGAGAUGCUGAUGACAGUGACUCUGCAAAAAAGUCGAAAAAGGAUGGCAAAGGAGGUGAUGGUAAAGGUGGCGGAAAAGACGCCGAUGACAGUGAUCCUUCAAAGAAAUCGAAAAAGGAUGGUAAAGGUGGUGGAAAAGAUGCCGAUGAAAAAGAUACUUCAAAUAAAUCAAAAAGGGCAAGCAAAGGAGCUGAUGGUAAAGGUGGCGGAAAAAAUGUCGACGACAGCGAUCCCUCAAAUAAAUCCAAGAAGGAUGGCAAAGGAACUAAUGGUAAGAGUGGUGGAAAAGAUGCCGAUGAUAGCGAUCCUUCGAAGAAAUCUAAGAAGGAUGGCAAAGGAGCUGAUGGUAAAGGCGGUGGAAAAGAUGCCGAUGGCAGCGAUCCUUCAAAGAAAUCUGCAAAGGAUGGCAAAGGGGGUGAUGGUAAAGGUGGCGGAAAAGAUGCCGAUGACAGCGAUCCUUCAAAAACAUCAAAACAUCAACAAGGUAGUAGUGGAAAAGACGAUAAACUUAACGAAUCUGGAAAAGGAGGCAAGACUAAAGGAGAUACGAAAAGUUCAAUAACAGCGGAUGGUAUUACAAAUAAAGAGAAGAAAGGUAAAGAUAGUUCAAGAGAUAGUACAAUGAAGAAAGGAAAAGGAACGUCAGCAGACGAACAGGACAUUAGUUCAAAAUCUGAAAAAGGUAAAAAGGGAAAGUAUGAAACUGGGCGACCAUCUCAAGCUGAUAAAAGAGAGAGCAGAGAUGGAAAUGAACGUGGUCGAGGAUCAAGGAGAUCGGGGGAUAAAUCCAAAUUGUCUAGGAAUGGCAGCAGAUUGAGACUCCGAAAAGGUAACAUGGGAUCGAAAUUCACGCACAAGGGCGGAAGAUUUGGUAAGCCAGACUAUUCUCAUAGACAAAGUCGCUAUGAUGAAGUUCGAGCCUGUGAUUUCCUUCGUGUACAUUUGGAAAAGCGUGACCUCUCAAGAUGUUUCACAUGCAAUCGGAAUGCUUGUUGCGAUUCGUGUUCACCAUGCAUGCCGUGCUAACCUAUUAUGUAUUGAGGAAUAUUGGAUAGGGAUUGGUGCCUAAGAGCCGAAGACGUGUUCUACGUACAUAGCUGAAAAAAACCUUUAAUCAAUUCCUAAUAAUUUUGUUAGCUUUAAGGAUUUUUGGACUUUUUAUUAUUUUUUGAGGGUAUUAUCCAUAAGUGUUUUGACUCAGCACAAAUAUUCAGCAUCAUAAAAUAAACUAAAGUAUCAACUAUUGGGUUGGUACUGACCCAUCCGUGUGUUUCCCUA